AUGGAUGAAAUUUACCGCUAUCUCGGUCAGUCGCAACGGCUCUGGGACCUGACCAUCUCGCCAACCUUUAGCACCAGCGUUCCCUUGACCGAGAUCUGGGUCAAUCGCCAAUGCACCGAGUCUGUUACGAGGCACCGCCAAGUGCCGGUGGCUGGCGAGGCGUUCAGGAACAGGCUGUGCGACUACCAGUCGGACGACGAUUCCUACUGCGUCCUGCGACUCGUGUACGUGCGUCUAGAUGCUCCAGACGGCGUAUCGGUAGCACUGCCGGAGUCAGAGUCGGCCUCGGCGUCUCCACUGUCGAGUGCUGACGUCCUGAGUCGGGUUCUGGAUGCUCUACAGCUUCGGGCUGCCUUUGACUUUUUUCCUAGCUGCUUCAACGGCGUCUCACGCGUGGUUGCCUCCAAGUUAGAGACAUCGUCUGCUGUCCGCUCUCUCUUCUCCCUUAGUUACCACCCGAAGCUGGCCGUUAUCUGGGGCUCUAACCGAAAGUCCCUUCCGAGAACCGUUGCCGUGUGCUUCGCCUACUCUGACGAGAUGGACACCCUCAGGAACCUGCUCGAGCGUCGCUGGCAUCUCGACGGCCACCCCAUGCUGCUGCCGUUUCUGUGCGCUCUGCUGCUGAGCUGCGGCGUCGACACGACCCACCAGCGCGUCAAGAAGGCUGUGCGCGAGACCGAAGUCCGCACCGGCCAUCACCAGUUUGCUAACCGCAGCGAGGCGCCGGCCGUACAGGAGCUGGGCGCGCUGUCAGCAAAGAUGAACGGCUGGACCAGCAAGCUCGCGGCGCUCGUUCGCAAGAUGCGCAUGAUCGACACCCUCUGCGCCUUUAUGCUGCAGCAGAUGAAGCAGGCCAGUCAGACCAGGGACAUAGACCAGCAUGCUAUCCUUUGGAACCAUAUGGUCGUACUGCAGCACCGCACAGAGAUGCAGCAGAUCGAUACAACCUAUGUCCAGCAGCGCGUCCAGACGCAGGCCAAUGCUAACGACAGCAUCUUCUCUAUAGGCAUUGCCCGCGACAGCAAGCUCAUCUCCGUCUCUUCCCAGAACGAUGCCUCCUCCAUGAAGACCAUUGCCAUUGUCACCAUGCUCUUCCUCCCUGGCAGCUUCGUUGCCUCCGUCUUCUCUAUGCCCGUCCUCGACUGGUCUAGCCACGACGCUCAGGGCAUCGUUGGCACCCGCUUCGGGAUUUUCUGGGCCAUCACUAUUGCGCUGACUACCCUUACCUUUGUCGUCUAUGCCCUCUGGGUCCUGGCUAACAAGCGCUGGCGGGUGCAGGAGACCAGAAAUAUUGUUGCCCCCCUUAUGGAGUUCAAGAACAUGGAGGAAUCUCGCCGGCUGUCCAUGAAAAGAGAAGCUAUCAUCCCUUGA